AUGCCGGCAUCAGGGGACGAAUUCGUCGUCGAUGGAUCAGAUGACGAUGCGCCCAGAGCAUCCACCCGCGGCCGCGCAGCGGCUCGAAGAGCAAAUGCUCGUGAAUCUGCCCAAAGCUUUGAGGUAACCCGAACUUGGGAUUUGCUUAUUGAAGGCGCCGAUGGAACCAUUACAGGGGCCGUUGAGGGCCUCCUUGAGGCGGGCAAGAGGAAAAGACUCCUCAAAGACACCACACCUCUCCAGCGCGGCAUCAUCCGUCACCUGAUUCUCAUACUCGACAUGUCCCUCUCUAUGAAUGAGAAAGACCUCCGUCCAACCCGUUAUUUACUCACCCUAUCCUACACCGAAUCCUUCAUCCGCGAAUUCUUCGAGCAGAACCCGAUUUCUCAGCUGGGAAUAAUAGGCAUGCGUGACGGUAUUGCGCUCAGGAUCAGUGAUAUGUCUGGCAACCCAAACUCUCACCUGUCUGCGUUACAGAAAUAUCGCAAGGAAGAGCCCAAAGGCAGUCCGUCUCUGGAAAAUGCGCUCGAGAUGGCAAGAGCAGGACUAUUCCACUCACCUAGCCAUGGGACACGUGAAAUACUGCUAGUGUUUGGCGCUUUGCACACUUCGGAUCCAGGAGACAUCCACAAUACGAUCAACAGUCUCGUCCACGAUAAGAUCCGUGCUACGGUUAUUGGACUCGCAGCGCAAGUCGCCAUUUGUGCCGAACUUGUCUCUAGGACGAAUGAUGGCGGUGCCGUCGUUGACAGAGCCGCGGAUACGGAAGACGCCGUUGUUACUUCUUAUCAAUCCGAGUUGAUAACGUUCAGGAUGCCAUCGAGGCGUCUGGCCUCUGACCAAAAUGCAGGCAAGAUCGAGCGCACGAUGCCGCGAAGAUUGAGAGACCAUGCUGAAAAACCCCAUACCCACCCCAAUGCUAAAUUGACGUUUGACCUGAGUAAUAUCAGAAGGAAACUCAACUUCGACAGCAAUUCCCUCGCUAAUAGCCAGAAGCUUGCCAAACGCCAGAGACGCGACUUUAUUGAAUGCCGAUGUCAUCUGACCAUCUGGGACAACCGUGACGGUGCCUCAACACUGCCACUCGUCACCGAAUCAUCUCUCUGUCGGGUGGGCCGCGUGCAAAACGGUAAAGAUGGAACAUAUGUCUCCAUAGAACUAGAAGAACCGUUCAUCGUCAAGGUGUCAGCGCUCAAAGUUCCCACCAGCUCCCAUGAGAGUAAACCAGAUCUGGAAAUGAGCACCAAGUAUUUUCUUGAGGUCAAGAUUAUACCAUGCACUGCUGACACUGAAUGGCCUCCUAUACCCAUAAUGGGUGACAGCACCGGUGACCACUUUACCCCGGACCUCAGGAAGCUGGGCGUUGAAGAACUGCAGGGGGCUAUUGUCGCAAGAUACACCCAUCUUCCAACAGCCCCUGACCGAAAGGCUCCGCUCAGUGUGUUUUAUCUGUCUGAAGGACGCACCUACCGGACAAAGUACGGCCUUGAGGUUAUAUCAACUUGGCACAAACCCGAAGUCUCCCCCCCAUCUAGCGGCAAGCAGAGUAGGGGGCUGGACAUGGACACAUUUCGCUUCCAGAAGCCCAAAAAGUUCAUUUUGCCUACCAGGACGAGAAAAGAACAGCCACCUUUGCCCGAGGAAGCCACGGAAGAACUGGAAGUACACUAUAAGUUUUCGGAAACGAUGGUAGGAAGUACAGAUGCUGCAGAGCACUUCCGCAAUACCGUCGUUCGGGGAUACGGCUGUCCAAUAUGCGUGGGAUGGGGCUCCAAUAACAGACUGCAGGAACUUCUGUCACAUCUAGGAUCCGUGCACGCGGAAUAUGUCUUCUCUCCCUCGAAGCAGCGGCGAGACAGGAAAUCAAAGCGGUUGACCCAGCUCGAAAUGAAGGUCGAAACUCUCACGGGCAGAAAAAGGGCAGAGAAUGACAAGGCCUUUCCGUCAAAUAGAGGAGAUCGCAGGUCAACAGGGGAAGGGGGCCCUCUACAACCUCUUUUUAGCGGUAAUAAGCCUUUCAGCCUUUCUGCACCAGUCAAGGCGGCUCCACGAUAUCCAUUGGCAUCCCAGAUUCCCGAUUUCCGAACGCCUAUGCGCAAAAAGGUCAAAGCUAUCCGCCUUCGGACAAUGUAUGAUGAGCCCGAACAUGUCUGGACCUCCAUUACAAAUCGACCAGUCUCCCCCAGUGAAGACCCACAGAGUGAAACAGAUGAUGAGGUGGACAAUAGUUGGCAGAUUGACUUGCAUAUGGAGAAUCUCGAUAACCUCGCUCGCCAGAAAGGUUGGAGCAAAAGCAAGCGCGAAUUGACUAAACGUUGGGACCGACACCGGAUGGAAGAACAACUCGAGCACUCGCGCUAUGUGUCGAACUCUCUGAUCAGAUUUGCCAGAAAGCACAGAGCAUGGCUGAAGAAUGGGGAUGAGGAGCUGUGGCAGGUCUUCUUUGACUUCUUGGCUGAUCUGAAAGAAACCGGCGUUAUCGAUGAUAACGUGGUUUCAGACGUCAACGAGCUAGUUUUUCUAGGUCCUCCGCUCCCCACAGCGCAUCAAGAACAGGAGACAUGCGAGAACGUCACAGAUCAUGCAGAAGAUGGAACAAGCGCGUCCGAGCAGCAAGAAUCAGCCACGGUGAAAGCGAACACUCGAGUCAGUGAUAUUCCAAGAACCGGAGUCGCCCAAGAUGCGGAGCCCGCAUCUCAGAGCGCUGAGGCAGCCCAUCCACGAUCGGUGACUCCUGCAGACGCGCCCAGUCCUGCCGACGAGCAAGAUAAGCGAAAGCAAGGAGCUGUAAGGCAACAACGCCGUCCUCCAACGGAAUAUCACUGCGGAGCCUGCCUACAGCAGAUUGAGCGUGCGCACAGAGACACGAUUUACUGCACAGCCGAAAACUGCCCCUCGCCCAGCACUAGAUAUCACAAGGCAUGUGCCUGGGACCAGCUGUCGGCCUGGAGAAGAGGUAAAUUCCCUCUUGAUGGGGGCGUCGACAGUCCUCUUCGAGAUUUGAGUCCAGCGGAGGAGCUGAAACUAAAGCACUGGGCAUGCAGAGGUUGCACUUUGAUGCGUUGGAUGAUAUGGAGAUUCACGGGACCGGAGGAGGAGGAAGAAGAAGAGGAGGAGGAGCAGGAGGAGGUAGAAGAACCACCCGUCCCGGCGCCGCGGGUGAUUCCAGUCAGACCAAAGAAGAGAGAAGAGGUGCCGCUGCUGAGACUAGCUGCCAUGGGUUCCUGGCGGCAGAGGCUGAGGGGAAUGGAAGCAGAAGAGGCCAAGGCCAAGGCCAAUGCAGAAGACAAUGAAGAGGGUAAUGGGAAAGGUAAAGAGGUAGUGAGGGACGUGGUGACCCCAGGGGAAUGCAGAACCGAGACUCCGAACGAAAAUGCCCCGAGCAUGCCAAUGGACAAUAGAGAUGGCACUCCCUUUGAGGACAGAAUGGACCUUACUACCUGGUACAGCUCAGACAUUGCGAUUGGGAACGGGGAGGGACCUUCUGGUCUAAACAGAGCGGACACACGGGUCAGAGAGAGAUCUCGCACUCCCGCGGAUGACAGAGUGGUCACUCCAGGCCGAGGCAGGUCUCGCACUCCUCUUGGAAACAGACCAGGGACUCCCAUCAGGAAGAGGCCGGGCACUCCUAUCGCGGACAGAAUGAGUCUCCCCACACGGGUGAGGAUGAGGAUGGGCAGUCCCAUGCGGACGGGAAAUCUGCAAUCAAGACUCAAGGCCGCAGGGCCAGGGCUGACGUUGAAGUCCGGGUCCAACGCGCAGGAAAAGGCAAAGGUGGCGGCGAGAAUCCUCGCCAAAAACGGGCGAAACGGUCUCUCGAAUUUGCGAUUUGCCGAGUCGGUGCCUGAUUGA